GUUAAGUCAGAUUUACGGAACUCGUAUUGAUGGCUGAGCCAGAAAAGCAAAAACGGAUCCUGGUGACGGGCGGCUCUGGCCUGGUGGGAAAGGCCAUUCAGAAGGUGGUUGCUGACGGGGAACAGCGCGCCGACGAGAAAUGGAUAUUUGUGUCCUCCAAAGAAGCCGACUUGACGAAUGCCGCAGAGACCACAGCCCUCUUUGAGAAACACAAGCCCACCCACGUCAUCCACCUGGCAGCCAUAGUCGGGGGACUCUUCAGGAACCUCAAUCACAACUUGGAAUUCUGGAGGAAGAAUAUCCACAUCAACGACAAUGUCUUGCAAGCAGCAUUUGAAUCUGGCGUCCAGAAAGUCGUUUCCUGCCUGUCCACCUGCAUAUUUCCAGACAAGACCACCUACCCUAUUGACGAGACCAUGAUUCACAACGGCCCUCCGCACAGCUCCAACUUCGGGUACGCGUACGCCAAAAGGAUGAUUGAUGUGCAGAACAGGGCGUACUUCGAACAGCACGGCUGCCACUUCACGGCGACCAUCCCCACGAAUAUCUUUGGGCCCCACGACAACUUCAGCAUCGAGAACGGGCACGUCCUGCCAGGCCUCGUCCACAAAGUCUACCUGGCGAAGAAAAAUGGCACCAACGUCACCGUCUGGGGCACGGGAAAGCCUCGGAGACAGUUCAUUUACUCUCUGGACCUGGCUCGGCUGUUUGUUUGGGUGUUAAGAGAGUACAAUGAAAUAGAACCCAUCAUCUUGUCAGUGGGAGAAGAAGAAGAGGUAUCCAUACGAGAAGCUGCUGAAUGCAUCGUGAAAGCCAUGGAUUUCAAAGGACAACUUCUGUUUGACGAAUCCAAAUCGGAUGGUCAGUUCAAGAAAACGGCCAGUAAUGCCAAGCUGAGGAGAUACCUGCCUGACUUCCAGUUCACGCCGUUCGAUCAAGCCGUGAAAGAAAUGUGCGACUGGUUCUGCGCCCAUUACGACAGCGCCCGGAAAUGACCGAAGGGCACCCGCGAUGGCGGCACCUUAAAGUAGGGGCGGCUGCACCCUCCUCUCAAUCUCAGGUAGCUUUUUGGUGAAGAAGGAGAAAAAAAAGAGAGAAUUAAAAGAAAAUUGCUUAGAGUACCAAAA